GAGGUAAAGACGCUCGGGAAAAUGCUUCUUCUCCUGCUGGUGCUCUUACCCUCCUCCUUGGCCUUCGAGGAGGAGGUGUGGAGUCCCGAGGCCGUGUUGGCUCGAACUGGGAAGGCGCUGGAUGACCUGUAUCCGGAUGACCUGUAUCCGGAUCUGAGGGUGAGCCCGCCGUGUGCCGAAGCCAAAGAAAUCUUCCCCUGUACGUGUUAUAACUACUCGACCGGCCGUACGUACGUUACCUGCGAUGGGAUGCUUGACGAGAGCGUGCCAUACCGAGCCCUUCACGUCAGUGGAUAUGGCAUGAGUCCGCUGGCAUCUCUUGGCAUGUCUUAUGGCACCAUUUCAACCAUUUCAGCUGGACUGUUUAGCAUGCACUCCUUUGAACAACUGUCGUUCACAAACAACCGCUUGGAAUACAUAGAACCUGGAACCUUAGAACCACUGCGUUACGACCUCAGGGCUCUCUACCUGAACGACAAUCUCCUCACACAGCUGAUGCUGGAUCAGGUCCUGGGUUUCCCGAGACUCCUGGAAUUCCACGUUUCCAACAACCUCAUAGCAGAUCUGUCACCCAUGGCGGAUUACACGGAGUCGACGCCCAGUUUGAAUACGAUCGACUUCGCGGGAAAUCGACUGACUUCCGUGCCCCAGCUUGCCUUCAGGGCGUUUCCUGAUGUCCUGAUAGUGGUGCUUUCCAAUAAUAAUAUAAGCUACAUCCACCCCGACGCCUUCUACAACAUGAAGUCCCUCGAAUAUCUGUACCUCGAUGGCAACAACUUGAACCGCCUGGGCUCCCCCGAGGUCGGCAGGAUCGUCCUCGACCAUCCCAUCUUCUCCCUCCGCCUCGAGAGCAACAACAUCGAGAGCUUGGUUCCGGGUUUCGUCGAGGGCCUCGCGGACCGCUCGGGCAUCGCCUUGGACAGCAAUCCCAUGAGGCACUUCCCCGAGGCCGUGUUCGGGGACCUCCUCAGGAACUUCUCCAUCUCGGAUAUCCCGGUGUCCGGAAAGGGCAUCUCCUUCUACCACAACUGGAUCGACUGCGACUGCGACUUCCUGUGGGUGGCCACCGACGGCUGGCUCAACGCCCACCUGAACGGAGGCCACUGUGGCCACAAGGACGAGCUCCCUUGGCUCAGCAUCGACGACGUGGACGGCCAAGCCCUUCAGGAGCUGUGCCUCGUCACCACCACCGCGGAGCCGACCAACCCCCGCCGCAGGAAGGAGGGGGGCGGGGGGGCGAGGGGCGGGCGGCCGUGA